AUGGAGUAUUUAUCCUCAACUCGUUUCUCGUCCGUCUUUCCUCUUCUACCAACAACAACAACAACAGCAGCAAUACAACAGCAGCAGAUGGACCCCGCCCCCCGCGCCCGCGAGGCCCGCGUGCGCGCCGUCGCCGCCGCCAUCGACGGCAACCUUUGA